ACGCACCACAGAGGAGGCUGCCAUCUUGGCUGUGACGUAGAUGAACUUUCACCUCAGACGUCACUUACGGAGCUUUCCGACAGAAACAACAUGGCGGCGCCCUCUAAGAAAGUGUUCGAGAUCUUCGUGAAUAAAAUACCAUGGACCCUAGCUACCAAGGAGAUGAAGGAGUACUUUGCACAGUUUGGUCAUGUGAAGAAGUGUCUGCUUCCAUUUGAUAAAGAAACAGGGUUCCACAAAGGCUUCUGUUGGGUUGGAUUCACGACAGAGGAAGGACUGAACAAUGCACUUCAGAAAGACUCUCACACGCUGGAGGGAGCAAAGCUCCAGGUUCAGAAGAACAUACGUAAUUUUGAAGGGCCCAGGUCAAGCAAAGACGCUGAAUAUGACUGAAGCUGUGAUACUGUGGUGUCGAUGACCCUCCAGCCAUCAUUCAUUGUUUGUUCCUGCUCCCUCAGCUGCUGGAUCAUUAUACUUUUUCCUUUGUUCCUCGGCUCAGUGAAUUUAAUAAUAAUAAUAAUAAUGGUCAAGCCCAAGCUUGACCAUUAUUGAAAUUGUUUAUGAACUCAUCCAGUAAUAAUGUCAUUAUUAUUUGUAGCAAGAGAAUAUACUUUUAACAUUAAUCAAUUAUUAUUAUUACAUUUAUUUCAGUGUAUGACAAUAAAACAGUGUUUGAAACCUUA